AUGGUUUCAAAAAUAUCUUCCACAUGAAAAGUCAAAAAGGUUCUGAAGAUCAGAGAAUUACCCACCGAUUCAUCUUUGGGCAUACAUGGGUGGUGUAAGAAAAGAUGCUUAGGCACGCUCCUCUAUGAGCUGGUUUAUGCCCUUCUUUUCUUGCUCCCCCAUCAAAGGAAUCCAUCCAAGACCAAAUAAAAAAUAUAAAGAAGAGAAAAAAGACCCAAAAGCAAAAUAAAGCUUCCACUGUGUAGACAAAAGAAGCUUUUUUACCCACUUCUCCCAGCUAUGAUCCAUUCUACAUACUUUCCUACGCACCCUUUCACACAUAUUCGUCCCCCUUACUCUUUUUUCUCCCCAUUCAUAUUUCAUAUUUCUCCCUUCCUGCUCAUCAUCCAAAAACAAACUCAGCUCAGAGAGAGAGAGAGAGAGAGAAUGGCAAGAUUAGGUGGGUUUUUCGUGUGCCUCUUGAUCGUGGCAAUGGACAUCGUAGGUGGGAUUCUGGGCAUCGAAGCAGAGCUUGAACAAAACAAGGUCAAGCACUUGAGGCUAUGGAUUUUCGAGUGCAGAGAACCAAGCCAUGCAGCUUUCAAGCUAGGAUUAGCCGCAGCAGGACUUUUGGUUGCAGCCCAUGUUGUUGCUAACUUGCUUGGUGGAUGCAGUUGCAUUUGUUCUCAAGAAGAGCUCCAAAAGGCACCUCCUAGUAAGCAACUUUCUGUGGCUUGCCUCGUCUUCACCUGGAUCAUUUUUGGGGUUGGAUUGGCCAUGCUGGUGAUUGGGACUUGGUCAAACCACAAGUCAAGAGCUUCAUGUGGCUUCACACACCAUCAUUUUCUAUCAAUUGGAGGGAUCGUGUGUUUUGUUCAUGGCCUGUUUUGUGUAGCAUAUUACAUAUCUGCCACUGCAUCCACUUACUAAAACCCAGUUCAGUAU